ACAGCACAGUUGCACAGAAGGGAAGCCCUGCAAAGGGUAGCAUGCACAGCAGGAGGGAGACCACAUAGGAGUAAUUUGCUGACAGACAAGCAAAGAUGGAUCUGAUUUCAGCUUUCUUCCCAGAAACCUGGGUCCUCCUGGUAAUCAGUCUCAUGCUCCUCUACUGGUUUGGGACUCGUACACAUGGAGUUUUUAAGAAACAGGGAAUUCCUGGGCCCACACCUCUGCCCUUUUUAGGAACUGUACUGAAUUACUACAAGGGUAUUUGGAAAUAUGAUGCAGAAUGCUAUAAAAAGUAUGGAAAAAUAUGGGGCUAUAUUUUAGGUAAUUGGACUGGAGAAUUCGAUACUACGAUGGAGCAGCUGAGAGUGGCCAUUGUCACAGUAAAUUCUACCGGAGUGGACGCAGGACUAGCCACAGGAUUAUCAACAUGGAUUGCUGCAGCCAUGAAUCAUCUGAAGGAAUGGGCGGGCAUGGGAGCGUUAGCAGGCCUUCUGGUGUUGGUCUCCUUGGUUUGCCUGUGGUAUAUAUGCAAGAUUAGAGUCUCACAACAGUGUGAUGCAGCCAUGAUCAUUCAGGCCUUUACAGCCAUUGAAGCAGGACAUUGUCCCCAAGCAUGGUUGGAUACCAUAAGAAGCUAAAAUGAUACGCUCAGGAUGCGAGGCUAAGCACUGCACUCAGGGUCAGCUGCUUUCGACCCAGAGAAGAGCAUGUCUGAUUGCAUGCGGGUUGAUGCCCCAGGUCCCGCCUCUGAGAAAAAGGUAUCGGACGGGUCUGAUGCUCUUUGGGUGGAUGACACCUAAAUGAACAUCUGUACAAAGUCCCAAUUUAUUUCUAAUAUCAGAGAUCAGACCUCUACUCUUGCCUGAUGCGUCUAAAACAAAAAGGGGGAACUGUAGAGAGCUGUGGAAUGCUAUGCCUUAAAGAUGGAGCUGGUUUCCGCCUUCCACCUUCCCGAUGGUGAGUGCUCUCUGUCACGAACAACUCCACAUUUGACUAAGGCCAAAGAUCUGGCUUGCUUCCAUGUAUGUGGACCUAUCUGCAUUGCCCCCGUGGCACGCCUGGGUUGGCUACCCAGAGGCUAUUUAAGCUGUGGGCUGGCUUUCCCCGGGGUCCGAGCAUUGUUCAAUGUUCCUGAAUAAACUGCAUUGAAAAAAAAAUAAACGAUUAUUUAUUAAUAAUUAUAUUUAUUAGUAAUGCAUAUUAAUAAAUAAUUACUUAUUUCUUACAAA